GUCGUGUAUGGUUAGGGCAGCCCGGGCUCUGUUGUCGUCAGUUACCCGGGUAUUACUGAUCGCCGAUACAGUGGUCGUCAAGCAAUUGAUAUCGUCUAAGGAUAGGGUAUCGAUUAGUUUGAAUCGUUUGGAAAAUGUGGCAAAUUUUACGGAAUUUGUAAAAGCAUUCUCACAGUUUGGCACUGAAAUGGUUGAGCUGGCUCACCUCACCGGGGACAGACAAAAUAUUGGUAGUGCAGUUAACUUCAUUAAAUACAACAUGAAAACCGAUUUAAAGGACGAGCGAAGGCGUGCCCAGAUGUCCUGUGCCCGACAGAUCCUGGAGCGGUCGACCAUGAUGCUUUUGACCUCGUCCAAAGCCUGUCUACGGCACCCGGACUGCGACACCGCCCGCGAGAAUCGGGACACCGUUUUCCUGCAGAUGCGUCGCGCCAUGGAUUUGAUACAUAUGGUGGUGAAGGACGGUGUGAUACCCCGGUUGGCCGCCUCGGCAGCCGUAUACGAGUCCAACGCCGGUGUGUCUCGCAAACAGGUCAGGCAUGUGUCCAGAUAUGAGGCCAGGUAUCAGACGCCCGAUUGGAAGUUAGAGGAAUGGGAUGAGUGUAUCACCGCUUAUAACGCCGUCAGACGCUUCCAUAUUUAA